AUGAGCCUGCGCUUCCGCCCCGGCGGCUCCUAUUACCCCUUCUCAUCAUCGGGCAAUUCUUCACCUGCUCACCAUCGCCUCACAGAUUCUCAUGAUCGUGGCGGCAGCGGAUAUCAACCUAAGACUCGUGUGUCUGAGCGCUACCGUAUCGUUGGAUUCAUCAGCAGUGGUACCUAUGGCCGCGUCUACAAAGCCACUCCCCGGAACAGCAAUGGCUCGGCUGCCUCGCAAGAUGGCAACAGCGCAGGCAGGGACGCGGCAGCUCGGUCGGGCGUGACGCAGAUGGCAAUCAAGAAGUUCAAGCCGGAUAAAGAGGGCGAACAGAUUAGCUACACGGGCAUUUCGCAGUCUGCCAUUCGUGAGAUGAGCCUCUGCGCCGAACUACGCCACGCCAACGUCAUCCGCCUGGUCGAGACUCUCCUAGAGGACAAGUGCAUCUUCAUGGUCUUUGAGUACGCCGAGCACGACCUGCUCCAGAUUAUCCACCACCACACGACGCAACCCGUGGGGCCUAGAAGACCAAUACCGCCUACUGUGGUCAAGAGCUUGCUCUUCCAGCUCCUCAACGGCUGUCACUAUCUCCAUUCGUCAUGGGUGCUACACCGCGAUCUCAAGCCCGCAAACAUUAUGGUGACAGAUAGUGGCCGUAUCAAGAUCGGCGAUCUUGGGCUGGCACGCCGCUUCGACAAGCCCCUAGCAUCCUUGUUUGGCGGUGAUAAGGUAGUGGUGACUAUAUGGUAUCGCGCUCCCGAGCUCAUCCUUGGCUCCUAUCACUACACACCUGCCAUCGACCUCUGGGCCAUUGGCUGCAUAUUUGCGGAGCUUCUCUCUCUGCGUCCCAUUUUCAAGGGCGAAGAGGCCAAGAUGGACAGCAAGAAGUCUGUCCCUUUUCAGCGCAACCAGAUGCAGAAGAUUGUCGAAAUCAUGGGCAUGCCGACUAAAGAGCGCUGGCCUCUCAUCACGUCCAUGCCUGAUUAUCCGCAACUGAACUCAGUACGCCCACCGCCCGACUAUCACUCCCACCACUCGUCAAGCCGGAGCUAUCCAGUCGUGUCGAACCUAGAGAGGUGGUACUACCAGACGAUCAAUAAUGCCGGUGUCACCACGCCGUCGUCCACAGCAGCCGCAGCGUCGGCCGCAGGGUCCCAGACGAGCCAAUCCCCCCUGGCGUCGCUGGGACCGGAGGGCUACAAGCUCCUCGCCGGUCUCCUCGAGUACGACCCAGUCAAGCGCCUCACAGCUGAGCAGGCACUGCAGCACCCAUUCUUCUCUACAGGCGAUCGCGUGCUCACCAACGCUUUUGAGGGCCUCAAGGUUGAGUACCCUCACCGCCGAGUGAGCCAGGAUGAUAACGACAUUCGUACGGGCAACCUGUCGGGAACGAAGCGUAGCGCCGCUUUCGAUGACCCGCUUCUACGGCCACACAAGCGCGUCAAGGACGUAUAG